AUGGCGGAUGAUGGCUACAUGUCGGACGCUCCGUCACGCCGUAGAGCCGGAGCUCGGAGUGCACUUGACGGAACAGGAGGUAUUAGUUGGCAACCCUCUCGUCAGCCACACCCCUCCAGGAGCGACCGGAGUCGAUACCCGCAGCUCCGAAGUCUUGACCUGCGCAUGAUCGGCGGUCCUUCGGCCAUCACAGCCGAAUCCUUCCCCGAAUUACUCGAUCUCUCCCUCUUCACCACUCAUCGCCCGCUCAAUGACCUCACCGCGUUGCUCGAACAUACCCCUAAACUCCGCUCCCUGACAGUCAUUUCAGAGUGGGAUGGCGAGGAUGGCGAGUACGAGACGGAGCUUUACGGGAAGCUCAACAAGCUACUCGCCCUUCCCCACUUGACCCGCAUCGUCGUCGCCGGUCAUAUCGAAUCCCUCUUUGACCUCACAUCCAACUUUCGGCACAUACCCUCUCUACAAUACAUCGCCCUCAAUCCCACUUCCGGGACCUACGACGGCGAGAUCAUCGACUUCCUCCUCCAAUCAAUCUACUCGUGUAAAGCUCUGCAGGGUCUCGCCAUCUAUGGCUCGGCGGCGAUCGAGAUCUUGGGGACAGCAGGGUGGAACGGUCAGGAAGAGUGUUUGGACCGAGUGCGGCACUUUGUCUCGGACAGGACGAUGUGCGAGGAGACUUUCAGCAUAGUCUACCCGCUGCUGUGGGCGGAACACCCAGAUCUUCGUCCAGACAUGCCUGCUCUCCAGCAUAUCACCUGGAUAUCGACCUUUAAACGCCUGCUCUCUCCCAGCGGUACAUUCGACUCGGCCCAAAUGGUCUCUACCGUAUUCUACGAGGACUCAGAGCUCCUCGCGGUCUUCGCCAAGUACCCAAACCUCGCCCACGUCGAGUUCGUCGAUGGCUACCCUUCCGAUCCCUUCCUCGAGCCGACAUCCGCAGGGACUCUGGAUGGCCGAAACAUCCUCUGCCGAGUGGAUCGACCGGACGCGGACGAGCCUCUUCGGCCUCGCUUUUACCCCAUCGCCCCCGGGCGGACAGUCUGGGACACCGGAGGGGAUACGGUAUAUCAUUUGGGGCUUCUACGUGGACGGCGAGUCGAGGCGAGAUCGGACCAUGCAUUCUAUAUCAAGCCUCUUCGAGUUCGCGUCCACAUUUCGCACUUCUCCAUCAUCCUUCAUCCAACAUACAGCUUCUACCUUCCUCCUGCCCUUCUUCCAGACCCCCUCGUCGACACAGUAACGGAAAGCAGGAAGGAGGCCUUCCUAUUCAUCCCCUCCUCCCCUGUCGCUGUCUGCUGCAUCAUGCCCCACCGACCCAAACGUCCGGUCCAGCCUCCGCAUCCUCCUCCCGGCUCGGUCUCCCUUCCUGAGCACGUCUACGCGACGAUCGCGUCACACUCGGAUCAAGCCACGAUACGGCGGCUGAGCGCUACCUGCCGUGCUACCCGGUACGCAGUGAAGGUGCAGCUGAAGGAGUUGACGGGCGUCGUGGUGAUCAUCCAACCUUCGUUGCGCCUCUACGAGUGUCGGAACGUUGGCUGGCCUCUCAUCAACUCCCUGGCGCCGCAACUCGAGUAUCUAUCUCUCCACGUCGUCGGGAGUGGCUCGCUACCCAUCACCGCUCCUGCCUUUCCGGAACUGCUCAAAUUCUCCCUCUUCACCACCGGCGAUCCUUCCGAGGGUCUCGAAGCCAUCUCCCGGCGUGCCUCAGACCUACACGCCUUACAAGUUAUCUCCCGUCCGGCGAGCAAUUGGACGGGGAUCGGUCGGUUCAAGCUCGACAACGUCAUCGGCGGAUCUCACAUCACUAGCAUCUCCCUCGCAGGCCCUCUCGAUGCUUUCUUGCCCAUAGCGACUCGCGCGAGGAAGCCCUGGCCUCUUCGGAGGAUCAUCCUCAACCCCUCGCCCGGCUCCUUCCACACUUUUUGCGUCAAAUACAUGCUCAGUUCUUUCGACAACUGUAACGCCCUCGAACAGCUUGCGAUCUACGGUCCAGCGGCUAUCAGCAUCCUCGCGGCGGCCCGGGCGGAUGAUCUCUACAAUAAGUGCCUGGACCACGUCCAGCACUUUGUGUUAUCAAAGACGAGGAGCGAGGGGACCGGUUGGAAAAUGGUGUAUCCGCUGCUGUUCACAGAUUACACUCAUAAGCGGCCUCUUAUGUCUGCCUUAAAGCGCAUAACCUGGAUCUCGACGAAGAACACCCAGCGGUCUCGGUUCGACGGAAAUUACCUCCCCGCCGACCUGACACCUACCGCCUACUAUACCGACACCGACCUCCGCGAGGUCUUCCAUACCUAUCCCAGUCUUGACUUUGUCGAAUUUGUCGACGGCUACCCGACGGCCGGAACGUCCUUUGCCGCGUGGACCGACCGAUCGGGUACGAGCCACUCCGGCCUCGGUUCUACCCUAUCGUCUCGUGAGGCGGUAGGUCCGGCUGGCGGCGGAGGUAUCGGUGACGGAGCUGGUGGUCCAGGGGAAGGGGAUGGUCAUGGUACGGAGCGUAUGGAGGGAGGGGGUCGGAGCAAACGUGGAAAGGGGUUGAAGGGAUAA